ACCCCCCACAACCUGCUCAUGACACAGAUGUCUGGUACCUCUGUCACCUCCCACUGCUUAAACCCCUCCCACUCGGCACCUGGGUAAGCUGAGUCCACAGUCUGAAGACAGAGUACCGUUUGACUCCAAAGCGAUCGAGAACAAGCACCAGAGAGACGCUAGCAGUGUGAGUGCAUAUUUUGCGUAAAGCCUCCUUCCUGUCAAUUAAUCCGAGAAACACUGAAACAAGAUCCAGGUUUCUCUAGACUAACGACACGCUGACAGUCGGACCCUUUUUAUGGGUUCAAGAUCUCAGUUGUUUGCCACAUACAGGAACGCGUGGACUGUGUUUUUUUCUUUCUUUCUUUUUUUAUCCUUAGUAACAUUUUACUGUGCAGAGUGAUUGCUAUCGGAACUUGGACGCCUCGACAGUUUCAGUACUGUACAGCGGGAGUUCUUGAGAUAGUUUUGACUUUUGGGACGUGUAUCAUCUGGACAGUAAAAGAGAAGAACAAAUAGCAUUCCUGCUCUGUUUCUUUUUGCGUCGGAUUCGGAGACUGGAAUUUAAUUUGUAGUUAAACCCCAGUAACGAAUGGUGGGAAUUUCUGUCCCUUUUCAGUAUCGCACUGAGAAGCACUCCACAAUGCCAGACUCACCUGCUGAUGUGAAAUCACAAUCCAGGUUGACACCACCAACAAUGCCACCUCCUCCAACCAUGCAAGGAGCUCCGAGGACCAGUUCUUUUACCCCGACCACAUUGACCAAUGGCACCAGCCACUCACCCACAGCAUUAAACGGAGCUCCGUCUCCGCCUAAUGGCUUUAGCAAUGGUCCCUCCUCAUCAUUAGCCAAUCAGCAGUUGCCACCUGCCUGUGGAGCACGGCAGCUCAGUAAACUCAAGAGGUUCCUCACCACACUGCAGCAGUUUGGCAACGACAUUUCACCCGAAAUCGGAGAAAGGGUGCGCACAUUAGUGCUAGGGCUUGUGAACUCUACCUUAACCAUAGAAGAAUUUCAUUCCAAACUGCAAGAAGCUACGAAUUUCCCACUGCGACCGUUUGUCGUCCCAUUUCUGAAGGCCAACCUGCCUCUACUUCAGCGGGAGCUCCUGCACUGCGCAAGGCUGGCCAAGCAGAACCCGGCCCAGUACCUCGCUCAGCACGAGCAGCUGCUGCUCGACACCAGCACCACCUCACCUGUCGACUCCUCCGAUCUGCUGCUGGACGUCAACGAAAACGGCAAAAGGAGAACACCUGAUAGAACCAAAGAGAAUGGCUUUGAUCGAGAGCCUUUGCACUCAGAGCAUCCCAGCAAGCGGCCCUGCACUAUUAGCCCCAGCCAACGGUACAGUCCAAAUAACGGCUUAUCCUACCAGCCCAACAGUCUGCCUCACCCCACGCCGCCUCCACCUCAGCACUACCGUCUGGAUGACAUGGCUAUCGCUCAUCACUACAGGGACUCGUACAGGCAUCCCAACCACAGGGACCUCAGGGACAGGACCAGACCUCUGGGGAUGCAUGGCACGCGUCAAGAAGAAGUGAUUGAUCACCGGCUUACAGACAGAGAAUGGGCAGAGGAGUGGAAGCACCUUGACCAUGUAAGAAAACUGCUGAACUGCAUCAUGGACAUGGUAGAGAAGACGAGACGCUCUCUUACAGUCCUGCGGCGAUGUCAGGAGGCAGACCGCGAGGAGCUCAAUUACUGGAUCAGGCGGUACAGCGAUGCUGAAGACCUCAAGAAAGGGACGAGCACCAGCACCAGCCACUCCAGACAACAGAGCCCUGUCAACACAGACCCCUCACUUCCAGAAGCUCACCGGGAACUCCUUCACAGGCCUGCCUCUGGAUAUGUGCCGGAAGAGAUCUGGAAGAAAGCUGAGGAGGCGGUGAAUGAGGUGAAGCGGCAGGCGGUGUCGGAGCUGCAGAAGGCCGUGUCCGAAGCUGAGCGGAAAGCCCACGAGAUGAUCAGCACAGAGAGGGUGAAAAUGGAACGCACCGUCGCCGAGGCCAAGCGACAGGCCGCAGAGGAUGCGCUGAGCGUCAUUCACCAGCAGGAGGACUCCAGCGAGAGUUGCUGGAACUGUGGGCGCAAGGCCAGCGAAACUUGUAGCGGCUGUAACACAGCAAGAUACUGCGGCUCUUUCUGUCAGCACAAGGACUGGGAAAAGCACCACCAUGUGUGUGGGCAGACCCUUCAGGCCCAGCAGCAGCAGCAGCAGCAGCAGCAGGGAGAGACUCCAGCAGCAGCAGCCAGCUCCUCAGCAACACCCUGCAGUGGAGCAGGGAGUCCGGUCAGCACGCCUCCAGCCACCACUCCCAGAUCAACAACCCCAGGCACUCCCUCUGCCAUAGAACCCACCACGCGCUAAGACAAGGAGAGAAUAUUAAGAAAACAAAAUAAAAACAAACAAACAAACAAACACACAUGUCCUCGUAUGCUCAAAGAUUAUAAACUAUUAUACUGCAAAAAGAAGGAACGUAUCCUCAAGUAGUAGUGAAACACAGAAGGCCAGUAACAGGUCAUAUUGACUUAUCAUGAUGAAAAACACAAAGAUUUUUUUUCUGUUAAAAACUGAAAAGACAGCAGAGAAUAACAAAAGAGUAAAUUUGACUUCCUCCCCUCUGUUAUUUUUCCAGUAGCUGGGAUUUUAAACUAGAUGACCUCAUUAACAGAUGCUUUACCAAACAGCAAACCAAGGGAUUGCUAGUGGCUGUUGAAAGCAAAAAUGCUAAUAUUCAAAUAUGAGAAAGGGACACCUUGUUCUUUGUAACAAUGAUGGAAAAAAGAGAGAAAAAACCCUCAAGGGCAUGAGCGUUGGAUAGAGCGUAGACAUUCUAACUAGAAGAUGAAUGGAAUACAUGGGUUACUGACUGAACUUUGAAGACCCGCAAUGAAACGCACACAUGAGCAGCAGAUUGGAAAGAAACACAGAUGUUCAUCCUUUUUUUGUAACUUCUGAAAGAAAUAUAAUAAUAUCCAUGUUAACGGAAUGAAAAAUUAAAUCUGUUCUGCAGUGGAACGUAUGAAAGAAGAAGCAGCAGCAAAGGGGAAAACAUGCCAUAAUUAAAAAAAAAAAAGACGCUUCCUUUUAAGAAAAAAAAAUAAAAAUAAAAUAAAUAAAUAAGGAACACACCAUUGUUCUCCAGCUUUCAUAUCAGCCAGCUGCUGCUUAUUACUCAACAGCAUUGCUUCACUUUAAAAACGAUCCACACAGUAAGGCAAUCAGGUCAGUUCCUGCUCAUUUAAACAACGUCAAAUAAAAAUAGAAGGUAAAUAAAACCACAAUGGCUUCAAUUCUGGCCCUUUCAUGUUUCUCCCGUCCUCAUACUAGUAGUUUUCUUGGUGUAAAACACUUCUGUCCUGUGAGGUUCCCAAUGGUGAUUUCUUGUGAAUGUGUUGGACAAAUGUGAAGAUGCAUUGUAGUUUAACCAUGCCAAUCACUUUAGUCUCUUUAUUCCUAGUUGUUGAAAAAGAAAACUGUAAUCUUUCUAUGCUGCUUUUAUAUUUGUAUGUAUUAGUGAUAUUUCUCUAGUAGCUCAAAAAGAAACAAUGGGAACAUUUUUUUUUCGCGGUUUUCAAGAAAAGAAAAAAAAGCUAUCUCUCUGAGCUGCUAUUUCACUCUGUUAGGAUCUUUUCUGAGAACUAGCAUGCUCCACGGAAUGCUAACAUAUUGAUGUUUUGUACAAGGGGAUGUACAUAAAUGUAUUUUGCACUGUCACAAAGACUCCCCAGGCAUGCUUCUUUUGGCAAACUCUUUAUUAAGUGUGCUAGAGCCAUUUUCACAGAUUUUUAUCUGUAGUUUUAGAAUAGCUGUAAAUGUUUUUAUUUUCUCGCUAACGUUAGUGAAGUUUUCAUAAUCAUAUAACGACUUCAUAUCUUUUAACAACAACAACAAAAUGAAGGACAGUGCAUGCAUAUCGCUGCAAGGUUGUUAAGUAUUGCUGUUUUUACAAAAAAAAAAAAUUAUAAUAAUAAAAAAAAUUAUAAAAUAACGCUCCAAAUGCUGAGGUGUAGAUUGACAGCUUUAACACUGCUGAAUGCCAGGUUAUACAGUAUUACUACAAACAAGGGAAGUCAGCCAAAGACAGAUCAGAAGGACCAAAAUCUGAUUUUAUGAAGAAGAAGAAGAAGAAGAAGAAGAAGAAGAAGAAGAAGAAGAAGACUCCAUAAAGUACCAGAAUAGUUUUUUCUCCAAAUGGUCAUCAGGUUAACCAGUUUGAGCAUGUGAACCAGUGGUCAUAAACCAGUUAACCCUUUGCUGUCCAGAACCCAGACCAGAACUACUCAAUAGCUUGGGACAAUGGCCCAGUAUAAGGGUGCUGUCACUCCUUUUAGAAGUAUAAAAAGGUUCUCAAACAAGCAAUAAUUUCCAAAUUCAGACUCCAGUCAAUAACGUUGUUGUAACAAAGAAAAACAUCCAAAAUGCCACUGUCUGACAAGAAUGUUGUUUCCAAUGCUUUAAUUUGUUUUUAAAAACAAUUCCUGGCCGAUGGUAAUUUUGGAGGGCCAUUCUUGACAACGGCACAUGUAUUCUACAAAUUGGCUAUUGAAUGGAAAUACAUAUGUGGUAUCGUGACGUCAUUUGGGUUGAUGUCACCACACUCUAAUACAGGCCAUAGAGAGAUAAAUACAUCACAAGAGAGUGUGUCUUUCUUUCUUUAUCAGUCAAUGAAAUAACCUUUAUAAAUAAAUAGCUUUGUGUCUGUCAACCAAAGCCCCCCUACUCACUCUUAACUGUUUAACAUGGAUGGUUUUGAUGCAGACAAAGGGGAACCACUCCCCAGUUUUAUAUCCACAUACUGAAAAUGCGCCUUCAAAUCUAGGAUUUAUCUUGUGGUUUUACCUCCCAAAGCAAAAUGUAACUAUUGACUUAUAAGGCUGAAAUGUAAUGUAAAAAAUUAAAAAAAGACUGGAUAUUGGAACAUAGUACCUAAGUAGAAAGGAGUCAGUAGUUAACAAGCACAUAACCAUAUGUUCUAUAAGGUCUUCUUAAAACCAUGGUGCUAAGAGACAAGUCAUUGACCUCAAUACAAUUGACUGGCGAUGGGCAGUCUGAUUUGUAGGACGACUUUCAUGUUCCUCACGUUCCUGAGCCUAUGUUCCAGACUGUAAAGGGUUAUGCAAUCCAAAAAGGUGUCUGACACCCAUUUAUGUCUCAGAAGCUGUGAUUUUAUGUGAAACGGCAAUGCUAUUUUAACACUAGUAUAUUGUAUACUUAAAAUAAAGAAUUAGUGCAUCAUGUUACUUCAAUUCAGGGCACCCUGGCUAAAACAAAUAAAUAAUAAAUAAAUACAAAUAGAAACUGACUCUUUGAGCUCUAUCUCCUCUCCUCUCCUCCCUUCCUCCUCUCCUCUCCUCCUUCUCUUCUCUCCUCUCCUCAUCUCCUCCUCCUCCUCCUCUCCUCUUAUGUUUUGCUACAGCCUCCUCAGUGGCAAAACGUUUCGCUCUACCUCUGACAGCAUGUAUAUUGCACCAGAACAAGAUACUGGUCUAGUCAAACCAAAUGGGCACAAGAGAACAGGAUACCAAAAGUAAAAGCUCAUACAGCUGCAAAACCAUAUCACUACUUGGUAACAAUGCAGACCUCAUAAACCUAAAGAAGAAAAAAAAAACUUUUGUUACUUUCUUUUAUGCUUGUCACUUAUAUACAGAUUAUUUGAAAAGUAUAAUGUGUAGGUAAACACACAUUUAAGAAAUUCAACAAGAAAAAGUCAACAUCAUUUGAUACAAUCAAAACAGCGGUCGCUGAUACGAAUAGGGCAUCUUAUCUCUCUCUCGUUCUCUCUCUCCUCUUUAUGUCUUUCUGUUGUGAGACGUGCUUGUUACAGGGCCGCCUGUCUUUGUUGCGUAGGUGCAUGUCAUGGGAAUUAAUUACAAAAAUAAAUACAAUAAUAUAUAAAAAAACAAAGGCUGGUUAAUUAAAGCAUGCCUAUGUCUGGAAUACUUUGGGGGACAAAAAAAAAGUUUGUAGAAGUAUCAAAAUAAACAAGACACAUGCAAACUGGAGGCUGUUGAAAUAUAGAUUAAAGUACAUUGUUUGGUUCUGCGACUUAAUUGUAAAAAAUAAAAAAAUUAAUAAACGGAAGUUGUUGUGCAAUACUUAAUUCAGACAUGUACCACAAGUUAAUGGUAGACUAACACUGGGGGGGUCUAUUCAUCAUGCUUUUGUCAGCAUACUCUUGAGCUUUUAAAGUCUACUAUGUCGGAACUGUGGUUUCUUGUUUAUUCUUUUCUUUUCUUUAGUUGGACUGUAAUGUAUAGUCUGUCAACCUGUGAAUCUUUUAAAGUAUGAUUCAGGUAUUGUUGUAUUCCUUACUGUGUAAUAAAAAUGUUAAUAUCUGUA